UACCCAAGAACUUGGAUAAUGAACUAUCUGUGGCACUUUGUUUUCUUCCCGUUCGCAUUCCACCUAAUGACGUGCUGCGACGACCUGUACACAUCCACGCAAGACUUGGAAGAAGUAGUUCGUACCGAAGGACUUGGAUACGACGACGGACGUUUCCUACUUUUGCUCGAAGAAAUUCGCUUGCUGAGAGCCCUGCGUGAGUUCGAGCAGUUUCUGGUGAAAGUCUCGCGACGCGCGGGAAGAGAUGUGCUGAGUACUUUCUUUUUCGUCAACCGCCUCUCACGUGUUCACUCGCAUCCACUGUUUCUUGCUAAGCGUCGGCCACUGAAGGCGCUGCGGGCCGCCUUCAGGUCCCCUUCGUCAGAGGAGUGGUGGCCCACGGAUUGCGAUCUCAGUGGAGCUGCCACCGCAGUCUGCAAGCUGCAGCAGGUCUACGACAUAUCGGUGAAAAGCAUGUCAGCAAUGCAUUCCCGCUUGCUCCUUCCAGUUUCAACGGAAGAUCUGAAGGACGUGUCCAGGGGCUGCUUUCUCGUGGGGCCUUUCGGCAAAACGUCCGAAUGGUGCCGGAUGGUUGAUGAAGCAGCUUCUCUGUCUGGUAACAGGCUUGACCGCAAGAUCCAAGUGGGCCUGAGCUGGCUUCAAGCAAACGACAUCAGGUUCCUUCCUUGGCGGCAAAGAAAUAAGGAGAGAAGAGUGUCCUAUCCCUUGCCACCAGAAACAGACAUCAGUGAUUACCAAUUCACUUGUACUAAAAGUAGUGAUCUGAGGCCUUUGUCCAGCGAACUCGUCUGCAAGAUGUCCACAAACUACGGAGACCCGGAUUUGCUACUCCAGCCCUACAAGAUGGAGGUACUCUCCCUGAAACCUCGAAUUGUGCUUCUGACGGAGUUCCUCACCACGGCAGAAUUAAAAUACAUUCGGGCCGCGGCGCAGAGAUGCCUUCGACGCGGCGAAGUAUACACAGGCAAUGGGCCGGAUGGUUCUACCAGUUGGAAACGCACCAGUAAGGUUGGCUGGCUCUGGGACAUAGAUCACCCUGUGCUGCAGCGCGUGACUCGUCGGAUAGCUGUAGCAACAAACCUAUCCCUGCAGUCAGCCGAGGACUAUCAGGUGGCCAACUACGGCAUCGCAGGUCAUUACACACCGCACACGGACGCCAUGUCAUUCGACAAGAUAGCGGACCACAUCGACCGCAAGGAUGGCAACCGGCUGGCCACCAUGCUGAUGUACCUUUCUGACGUGGAAGCGGGUGGCGCCACCGCUUUCGUGAACCUGGGCGUCGCCGUCAAACCAAGUGCCGGCACUGCCCUUUUCUGGUACAAUGUCAAACCGUACACUGGCAGCGGUUCCCCAGAGUACUUUUCUUUUUGGCACCAGAAAAGAGCGUCUGACCCACUGACGGAACACGUCGCAUGUCCCGUUUUAUCGGGCUCAAAGUGGAUAGCUACCAAGUGGAUACACGAGAGGAACAACAUCGACGUACGCUACAACACACCAGGCGGACAGUUUCGCCAGGACAGUACCAACGAUUGUAAAACAUUUGGUUAGUUCGCAAGUUCCUGCGACUGCGAUUUCUCUUAGUGAUUCUAAGAAAACAGUGACGCUUUACUGCACGAAAAUGAUUUCGGUGUCGGCGCUGCUUUUUAGGGACGGUGGUAUCAGUGAUUCGUACUUUUGCACUCAUGUCUGAGUGCACUGGGAAUCUUGGU